GCGGUUGAAGAAAGGAAAGCGCUUGAAUUCCAGGCAGCACACGCGUCUAUUGAAUUCCGAGUAAAAGCAAAGAUCCCGAGAAUCUGUUGACGGAAUGUUGUGUUUACUGGCAGAUUUGAGUUACGAGCCUCUUAUAAAGGACACGGACCUUACGCUAGUUGCCCAGUAUUAUUGGCGCUUCUAUGGUACCAAGAUAUCCAAGGAAAAUAUAUAGAGAGAAAGAGGUGGAAGAAUUGAAAGAUAUUUUGGAAUAACAGUUAUUGCUACAGUUGGUGUCCACGGGAAGUUCUCUUGAAGUUUUUAACAAUGCGUUUUUGGACCGUCGCCACGGUACUUCUAGUCGUGGGACUAGUGAUUACCGAUGUGUCGGCUAGGAAAUCCAAUCGGGACAGAAAGACAGCUAAAACUGGAAAGCAGAAGCAGAAUGAUUUUCAUGCAAGUCGGCAGAAAGAUUUCUGUGUAUUCCGUAGAGAACGAGUCGAUGAGGUCUUGAAAAGGGAAAAGAAAGCAAAGCAGAUUCUUCAUUCGAAAGAGAGAAAGAGACGUUCGAUCGAAGAUAAAGAACCAACGUACGAGAGAAAAGAACAUCUGGCUGUUACAAAAGAUACCGAACCACCAGUAGAUAAGGAGCAAAGUUCAGGGAAAAGUGAAGUCAAGCAGGUUGACCACCAAUUACGGAAUAGGAAGACGGAAACGCACGAGAAAUUUGUAAAAGUUGAGAAACUACGAAAGUCCAAGACGAUUGUGGAGGACGCACUGGGUGGCACUGAAGAUUAUUUACCAAAUGGCCAAAAACCUGUGGGGAAGAGAAAUUUGGAAAAACCUUCGAAAACUGACAAACCCGACACUCGGCCCGAGGUACAGGUUGUGCGUUCGAGUUUGAAGAAAGAUAAGGGAAAAAGUGAAAAAUCUAAAGUAACCAAAAAGGAUGAAACUACAGAGGUCGAGGAGGAAGCCAUUGAGGCAGUUAAAACUGUGGUGGAAAGAAUGAAAGACAAAGAAAUGGAAGAAAGCUCAUGCGUGGAUGGUGACUUUACGUGUAAUGACGAGGUGGAGGUUAAAAAUUCAAAAAAAUCCACUUGCAACGAGAAUGUUAUGCAAGAACGGGUCCAGAAGGAAGAUGUAGAAGAAUUUGAGAACUGUACAAAAAGUUUAAAAUCCAAAAGAGAUAAAUACACUGAGAAGAAGCAAAAAGAACGCUGCAAGUCUUAAUGAAAUUGAACGAAUGGCUGUUUUCAAGAAUAAAAAGUAUUCUCGAAUCCUAAUGUAGUUGGCAGUAUAAGGAUUUGAAGAGAUCCUUCAUAUUUACAACACAUUUUUUAAAUUGAUAAUUCCCUAAAAAAAUGUUACCUUAGCUCCAUUAGCUAAUGUACAUAAUGUGGAAGAAGAAGCAACAAUAAGUUUAUACCAACCCAAAAUCAUUUCGGCUUCUCAAUGUCCUUAUAAAAUUUUAUUGAUAAUAAAUAAUAUACUUACUGCUACUGUUGAAA